AAUUGGGUUAAAUCCCAAAUAUCUUCUUACUGGUCAUAGAGUACACUAACGUAGGGAGAAUAACCGGCGGCUGUAGGCAGUAUGUAGUGUACCUCAGUAGGGGGUAGUGAGUGGUUUAGGAUGUAGCCUGAGUGAACAGGCGUGAGUCUCCGUAGUAACACAUUGACAGUGACAGACUCUUUUAACUUUAUUUGAGUGUUGUGUGAAUGAAUGAAUGAUUAAUGACAAUGAAAGUUGUUGCACUUAUAAGUGGUGGCAAAGACAGCUGUUACAACAUGAUGCAGUGUGUUUCUGCAGGACACACUAUAGUAGCACUGGCCAACCUCAGACCAGCUCAUACAGAUGAGCUCGACAGCUACAUGUAUCAAACGGUUGGGCAUCAGGCUAUUGAGCUGUAUGCAGAAGCUAUGGAUCUGCCAUUGUACAGGAGGACCAUAGAAGGCUCGAGUGUGGACACAGGCAGAGAAUACAGCCCGAAUGAUGCUGAUGAGGUGGAAGACCUGUACCAGCUACUUCAACUUGUGAAGGAAAAGGAAGGUGUUGAAGCUGUAUCAGUUGGAGCCAUUCUGUCUGACUACCAGAGAGUUCGGGUGGAAAACGUGUGCUCCAGGUUGCAGCUCCAGCCUCUGGCGUAUUUGUGGCGCCGUGAGCAAGCUGAUCUGCUCAGUGAGAUGAUCUCCUCUGGCCUUCAGGCCUUCCUCAUCAAGGUGGCGGCGUACGGUCUGGAUCCUGGAACACAUUUAGGAAAGACUCUGGCUGAGAUGGAACCCUAUCUGCAUCAGCUUUCAAAGAAGUACGGCGUGCAUAUCUGUGGCGAAGGGGGCGAGUACGAGACCUUCACCACUGACUGUCCCUUAUUCAAGAAAAGGAUAGUCAUUGAUGCGAUGGAGACGAUUAUACAUUCAGAUGACGCCUUUGCCCCAGUCGCAUACCUGCGAUUUACACAAAUGCACACAGAAGACAAAAUGACAGGCUCCACAGAGAACGUGCUGCCCCUCACUAGCUGUCCUUGCCGGAGCGCCAUCGACAUGAUGACUGAGGAGACGGCCUGUGCUGAUAAAGCCCAAGACGUACAGGAAGAAUUUGCAUCAAACGAGUGUCAGUUUACGAGCUCAGCCAGAAGUUCUGCAGGUUAUCAGUGGAUCGCUGGAAUCAGCGGCCGUUCCUCCGAGCACACAGAUAUCCAGAGUCAGACGCAGCAUGCCUUCACUGUGCUGCAAGGAGAAUUACAGAAGAAGGCAUGGCAGCUGAAGCACAUUGUGCUGGUUCACUUGUAUGUGAGAAACAUGGAGGACUUUGGGAAAGUGAACGCUGUAUAUCGCCUUUUCUUCAGACACUGUCCUCCAGCCAGGGUGUGUGUGCAGGCUCGGCUGCCCGUGGGUCAUCUCUUGCAGAUGGAUGUGCUGCUUCACGACUGGUCUGCGGCUCCUGAAGAAGACUGCUUCCAACACAGAGACACGCUGCAUGUGCAAAGCAUAUCUCACUGGGCGCCGGCUAACAUCGGGCCCUACAGCCAGGCAGUGCAGGUGGAUGAGGCCGUGUUCUGCGCAGGUCAGAUCGCUCUGGUCCCCUGCACCAUGCAGCUGCUGAGGGCGGGUCCAGGCUGUCAGGCCCAGCUGUGUUACAGCCACAUGGAGAAAGUGCUGCGUGCCAUGAGUUUUAGUCUCACGUUGGGACACACACUGCAGGCACACUGCUAUGUCACAGACCUUACACACAUACCAGCUGUCAGAAAGUUGUGGCAAGAUAAGAUGCAGGACCCCCAAGACCAGGAGGUAUGCUAUAAAGUAGAAGAGAUUCAAUGCCCUCCUCUGGUUGUUUCUGUGAUGCCCACUUUGCCCAGAGGAGCAGCAGUGGAGCUUCAUGUCAUUGCUGUGCAGGACGAGCCUGCAGAAAGAACUUCCUGUCAGAUGACCUCUGAGAUCUCAGGAGCUUCUAUCCACUGGCAGGUGCUGCAGUCCAGUACCCGCCUUUAUGCCACUCUGUCCCUGAAUGUGUCCCUGCAUGAGUCAUGCACAACACCAGAGUGCAUGGACACAGAGGGCAUUCUGGGGGCUGUGAGCACCUCCUUCCAACAAGCUCUAGAGCAGAUGGAGGAGACUCUGUCUCCUUUAUGCACCAGAAUCUUCUACAAGGACAGCAAUAAGUUAGCCACUGAGCUCUCUGCAGGACUGCAGGGUUGCUUAGAAAGCAGACUGGGUGCGAAAAGGCCAGCUCUGGUGCUGGUUCCUGUGCUGGAGCUACCGGACCACACUCUCCUUCACAUCUCCUGCUGGCUCAGCACAUAGUGGAGAACAAGAACCAUAUAGUAACUUCAGGCUGGACUGGUAGUAGUAAUAGUAGCUUAUCAAUGUCCGGUGGUAAAUGACUGGUUUAUGGACAUCAAGACAUUUUAUAAUUCAUCUACUGAGUCCUGUUGAACAGCUUCUACAUGUGACUUACUACUCAUAAGCCAUUUAAUAUUGUAUACUCUGAAUAAACACCUUAAAAUACAUACACAUCCACUAAUACAAACAUCACAAGAGGACUGUGUAAAAUAACUAUGCAGAGUGCUUAGAAUCAAGAAAUCCGAGAUCGGACAGUAGCCUCGUGUAUCGUCAUCUAUCCUAGAAUUCACACUGAAAUUAGUAAGAUGAUAUUUUUUCACAGCACAAGGGACCUUUUGCUUUAUCCACAUCUCUCCAACUGAAGUAUCUUCUACACUCCAGCGCUGCUCUGUUGGUUUUUCUUCAUGCACUUCGCUCUACAGCUACAUGUCAGACAAUCAUAAAACUGUGGUAGGUUAUAUUUUUAAUGAAGCUUACAAGAUCUACGGAGAUUACAAAUCUUUCAUACACAUCACAAACAAAAAGAAAAACCCUAGAGGAGGAAAAAAAACAGAAGAGUUGGUGUUUGGAUAUAGUCCCUGUAAGUGUAAGUGAUAAACUGAAUAACAAUACAUGUCUGUGUGGUGGCCUGGGAAAACACUUCACAUUUCAUACUAUAAAUGGUCUAAACACAGAGUUUUCCUGAACUGAACUUCACAUCUCUUUUGCAGGUAUCUCAACCUCAAAAAAGUCCAUUUUUUUAAAACCAUUUUAAAGUCUGAUUUGUGGCAAAAGUGAAAAGAGAGAAAAUCAAAUGGAAAUAUUUCAUUCAUACUGUGGUGCAGGAACCUGGCAGACAUUUUGACAGAUGGUAUAUGAUUACUGAGUUGAUUAGGCUUAUCCUAUAGCAAGCAGAUAUCCAACAACUUGAUCAAAGUGUGACACUCUAAGUGUGAUGAAAUCGUACUUAGCUAGCAAGGAUUUAAGCAUCUUAAGGCAGAUUGACUGUUCAUCAUACCACAGUUACAACGUGAUAUUUACAGGAAAAUCGAGUAGGCAAGAUAAAUACAUUAAAUUGAAGUAAAAACAAACUUUUCCAUGCUGUUUUCUAUAUGCUUCUUAUUUUAAAGUGUCAAAGUAUGUUAAAGGAAUUUUUUUGGCAAAGUUUUGUUUCUGGACUGUUGGUGGUCUGUUUCCCAGACCACCAAACAUUUAAACUAAUCGCAAUAAAUGUACAUGGAAGUUGAA